GCACAGCGCCCCGCCUCCGCUUUUGCCUGCCCUGAUUACAAAACGCUGUUGGCACCCAGGGGCGGAAGCGUCAGGUGGCCUCGGUGUCCUCCGCCUGUGCGCCCUAUCCUGCGGGGCCGCCCUUCAGGGCGCGCAAGGGGCGAGUCUGCCCAGCCGGCAGCGCCCCAGGCCGGAUGGACGCUUGUUCCUGGUUCUGUGCCCCGUGAGCGCUCAACGCCCUGGUGUGUUCACUGACCAUGGUGUCUGGGCUGCGGCGCCGGGCGGGGCACGGCGGGACUUUUCGGGACCUUUCCUGGGGGGAGCCUCGCUUUCCCCGCCUCCAGCCUCCGCCCGGAGGGCCGGGAGCGCAGGCGGGCGGGGCCCCAGUCCAGGCCUUGAGACCCAGAAGGGAGCGAAGGUUUUUGCUGCGCCAACGCAGUGACCGAAGGCUCCGCUCACGCCUGGCCUGAUCCUGCCUGAAGAUGGUGCCACUGGUGGCUGUGGUAUCAGGGCCCCGUGCCCAGCUCUUUGCCUGCCUGCUCAGGCUGGGCACUCAGCAGGUCGGCCCCCUUCAGCUGCACACCGGGGCCAGCCAUGCGGCCAGGAACCAUUAUGAGGUGCUGGUGCUGGGUGGGGGCAGUGGCGGAAUCACCAUGGCUGCCCGCAUGAAGAGGAAAGUGGGUGCAGAGAAUGUGGCCAUUGUUGAGCCCAGUGAGAGACAUUUCUACCAGCCAAUCUGGACACUGGUGGGUGCUGGUGCCAAACAAUUGUCCUCAUCUGGUCGUCCCACGGCAAGUGUGAUUCCAUCUGGUGUAGAAUGGAUCAAAGCUAGAGUGACUGAGUUUAACCCAGACAAGAACUGCAUUCACACAGACGACGACGAGAAGAUCUCCUACCGAUAUCUUAUUAUUGCUCUCGGAAUCCAGCUGGACUAUGAGAAGAUUAAAGGUCUACCUGAAGGUUUUGCUCAUCCCAAAAUAGGGUCGAAUUAUUCAGUUGAGACUGUAGAGAAGACAUGGAAAGCUCUGCAGGACUUCAAAGAGGGCAAUGCCAUCUUCACCUUCCCAAAUACUCCAGUGAAGUGUGCUGGAGCCCCUCAGAAGAUCAUGUACUUAUCAGAAGCCUACUUCAGGAAGACAGGGAAGCGAUCCAAGGCCAAUAUCAUUUUCAACACUUCUCUUGGAGCCAUUUUCGGGGUUAAGAAGUAUGCAGAUGCCCUGCAGGAGAUCAUCCAGGAGCGGAACCUUACUGUUAACUACAAGAAAAACCUCAUUGAAGUCCGAGCCGAUAAACAAGAGGCUGUAUUUGAGAACCUGGACAAACCAGGAGAGACCCAAGUGAUUUCAUAUGAAAUGCUUCAUGUCACACCACCAAUGAGCCCACCAGAUGUCCUCAAGACCAGUCCUGUGGCUGAUGCUGCUGGUUGGGUGGAUGUGGAUAAAGAAACUCUGCAACACAAGAGGUACCCAAAUGUGUUUGGGAUUGGGGACUGCACCAACCUUCCUACGUCAAAGACCGCUGCUGCAGUAGCUGCCCAGUCAGGAAUACUUGAUAGAACAAUUUCUGUGAUUAUGAAGAAUCAAACACCAAUAAAGAAGUAUGAUGGCUACACAUCAUGUCCACUGGUGACCGGCUACAGCCGUGUGAUUCUUGCUGAGUUUGACUACAAAGCGGAGCCGCUAGAAACCUUCCCCUUUGAUCAAAGCAAAGAGCGCCUUUCCAUGUAUGUCAUGAAAGCUGACCUGAUGCCUUUCCUGUAUUGGAAUAUGAUGCUAAGGGGUUACUGGGGAGGACCAGCGUUUCUGCGCAAGUUGUUUCAUCUAGGUAUGAGUUAAGGAUGGCUCGGCACUUGCUCAUCUUGGAUGGCUUCUGGGCCAAAACUGCAGUCACCGAAUGACCAAGAGCAGCACGAAGGACUUGGAACCUAUCCUUCUAAAGAGUUUCUUGAUGGGUAAUGGUGACCAAAUGCCUCCCUUUUCAGUACCUUUGAACAGCAACCAUGUGGGCUACUCAUGAUGGGCUUGAUUCUUUGGGAAUAAUAAAAUGAAAUAAUACUUUUAUUUUCUGAAUAAAAGUUUGUCACUGA